AUGAAGCUCCUCCGCAGCGGAUCGAUCGCGUCUCUGCUGCUGCUCGUUUUUCUUCCAGUUUGCUCGGCCGCCCACGGUCGCUUCGCUCAGAAGCUGCUGAAUGAUUUGUUCUCUAACUACACUAACGCCCUGCGGCCGGUGGAGGACACCGACCACAUCAUCAACGUCACGCUGCAGAUCACUCUGUCCCAGAUCAUCGACAUGGAUGAGCGGAAUCAGAUCCUGACCACCUACCUGUGGAUCCGCCAGGUGUGGAUGGACGCCUACCUCACCUGGAAGAAGGAGGACUACGACGGUCUGGACACCAUCCGCAUACCCAGCAGCUACGUAUGGAGACCUGAUAUUGUUCUGUAUAACAGUGCAGACGACGAGUUCUCCAGCUCCAUGGAGACCAACGUGGUUCUCCGUAACGACGGUCAGGUCAUGUGGGACCAGCCGGCCAUCACCAAAAGCUCCUGCUCCGUGGACGUGGCCUUCUUUCCCUUUGAUGUGCAGCAGUGUCACCUGACCUUUGGCUCCUGGACUCACAACGGAAACCAGAUGGACUUGUUCAAUGCCUUGGACAGUGCUGACCUGGCCGACUUUGUCCCCAAUGUGGAGUGGGAGGUUCUGGGAAUGCCAGCCAAGAAGAAUGUCAUCCUGUAUGGCUGCUGCUCAGACCCGUACCCGGACAUCACCUUCACCCUCCACCUGAAGAGACGUGCCUCCUUCUACAUCUUCAACCUCCUCAUCCCCUGCAUGAUGAUCUCCUUUCUGGCUCCGCUGGGCUUCUACCUGCCGGCUGACUCGGGUGAAAAGGUUUCUCUGGGUGUGACGGUGCUGCUGGCCCUCACCGUGUUUCAGCUGCUGGUGGCUGAGAGCAUGCCGCCCUCUGAGAGCGUCCCUCUGAUAGGAAAGUACUACAUUGCUACCAUGACGAUGGUCACCGCUUCAACAGCGCUCACCAUCUUCAUCAUGAACAUACACCACUGCGGCCCAGAGGCUCGUCCUGUGCCAGCAUGGGCCGAGCGCUUCAUCCUCAACUACCUCGCACGCAUCUGCUUUGUCUACGAGGUGGGAGACAACUGUCUCGCUGGGACCUCGGCCAGGAAACACCCUCUGUCUCAGGACGAGUCCGAAGCCCCAUCGACCAAUGGCGGCAACCCCAGAGGACCAAACUGGGACUGUGUUUGCCAGCACCAAGGACUCAGCAAGAACAUUGAGUACAUUGCCAAUUCAUACCAGGACCAGCGAGCGGCGCAGCUGCGCAUCGGGGAGUGGAGGAAGGUCGCCAAGGUCAUGGAUCGCUUCUUCAUGUGGCUGUUCUUCAUCAUGGUCUUCUUCAUGAGCAUCCUCAUCCUUGGAAAAGCCAUCUGA